AUGUCUACAAGAAGGACCACACGAGCUGGCAGUCGCGCUGCUAGCAGUGUUGGCGGAACCCAUGCCGUCGGUCCUGAAGAUAUUCCAGCGGCCCGAACACCAGGUAGAGGCCGUCCUAGAAAAUCAGGUGGUUCAGUAGCUGGCUCUGAACGUGCCAAUGGUCUUCCUCCUAUGGCAGCUUCUACUAGUACUGCAUACGGUACAAAUACACUUGCCCUUCCAAACUAUGCCCCAAGGGGUGCACCUUUGGCCAAUGAUAUCUCUUCCGUCAUCGAGGGUCUCCUAGAGCCAGAACCUUUGAACAGAGGAGCCAGACCUAGACCGGUUUCUCCCCAAGCACCAGUUCCCGAUAUUGAUGCUCCUACUGCUCAACCAAAGUCUGGCGCUCCCGCUCAUAUCCCCACCAUGCGUUCGCGGUCUGGGCCGACCAAGCGACGAGUUCCUCAUGCUUUUGAUCGGAAUUUUCAAAAUGAAAGUCAAUUGUAUGACAAUGCUAGCAUUAUGUCGGGUUCUUACCAACAAGACGAAUUUCGUGUAUCGGGGCCUUCUUACGACGAAGGCGAGCUAAACUGCUGCACUGCGUUACGAGGCAUUGCUGAGGAGCAACAAUACAUGCGUGGUGGUGCUCAAGGUUGGAAUUUUUUGGAUCUUGGUGAUGAAACUAGUUUCGACUUCAGACAGGUUCUAAGAUCACCACUUAGCUUCUUCAAAAAGUUGGGAAAAGCCUUCUUCCGCCUUUUUGGCGACGUAACAAAAUCUUUAUUCCCGUUACUGCUCCUUGGCUUUAUUAUAUUCAUCUCAUGGAUGGCCUAUCUAAAUAGUGGAGGUCCUAGCAAACAUUGGUAUGGCGCGGACGUCUCGGCAAACAUCAAACAAUUUAUCCCAUCGCAAAUUAGACAUCCGUCUCGGAUCUUCGCCCCGGAAGAUCUUAAAGAUGUUUACCGUCGGUUGGAUAUUGCCGAAUCUGACAUCGUGUUCCUCAAACAUCGUUCUUCUAUCGACAAAAAUGCUCUUGCAGAAAUUCAGAAAAUUCUUCCCGAUUUCAUUGCUCUUGACAAGGACUACAACGGCAAACCAGCUCUCCCAGCAAGUCUUUGGCAAGCCAUGCGAGAAAGGAUUCGGGCUGAUCCGUCCCUUAUUCCACCCCCUGUCAUUAUGACUACUGGGCGUCCUUCUGAUACUUCAACUAAAUCCGAUAGUCACGACAAUGAAGUGUUCAAUUCCAAACAAUUUGAUCGAUAUCUUGAGAGCAACAGAGCCAAGAUUCAAAGUUGGGCUGGCUCUGAGUUUGAUGUUCUCCAUCAAACUCGAUUGCAACAACUUAUCAAAGAUGGCAAGAUCGCCACAAGAGAGAAUGUUGUCGAAUUAAUCAAACAGAGUUACAGAGAUGAGGCGCAAGAAGUCAAAUCAGAACUCGAAAAAGUCACCAAAGCCUUAGAAGACAAGGUGGCAAGCCUUGGAAAACAAGCGCUUACUGCGGAGCGAGUGAAACAACUCGCGAACGAGGUCGUCAUUGCGCAGGUUGAAGCUAUCACAAAAGCGAAUGUCAACAAGAAAACCGUUCAAUCCCUUCAACGCAUGGAUCACUUUGCCAAACGUUCCCAUUCUGCAGUUAUUCCCCGUCUCACCUCACCAUCUUAUCGUUUCCCACAUAUGGACUUUGGCUUCAUCCGCAGGAGUAUCGCUCUCGUCGCUAACCACCCAAUCCCUCUCCCCAAUCCCGCUGAUGCAGCUCUCAACUCAUGGGAAGACAUUGGCGAUUGUUGGUGCUCAGCACAACAAAAUGGCAAUGGUCCUACACUUGGUGUCAUUACGGCCAACUAUAUCUGGCCUGACCAAGUCGUUGUUGAACAUUAUCCUCAAUCCGGCUACGUCAAUUCUGGUCUCUCGCCUCUCUCAGCACCCAGACAAAUGGAAUUACUGGUCUACAUUCCUCACAAACCAACGUAUCUCAAGGUUAAAUCUAUGUCCGAUCAAAUCUUCCCCGAAGCUAAUUACCGUGAUCUCGAAUCUGGCUGGGUACAAGUGGGCGCAUGGUCAUACGACGCUUAUGGUCACACUCAACAAGCUUUCCCCUUACAAAUUGAGCUCAAGGAAUUCAUAUCGGAACCGGAAAAUAAUCUCAAGAAUGAUACCUCAGCUACCAACAAGUUUUUGGUUAGAAGUAAAGGAAAUCAUGGAAGGGGCGCAGUGCCUUAUACAUGUAUUUAUCGGGUUAGAUUACAUGGAGAUGUACGACCUGAUGAAGAAACCUUUUAUACUCUUGAUUCUUCAAAGACUUGA